AUGUGCAUGUGUUUAUGUGAGAGUACAGAACCAUCCGGUAUGCCAGACUAUCAUAGACUCUUCUGCCUACUUCAAGAGGCCCAUAUGUUUUUCUCCUUUUAUCAUCUGAUAGGAGCCCCAAGGCAUGAUUCCUGUUAUGGCGGCAAGAUGGAAGUCCUUGUCUUUCCUCUUCGCCCCACGACCGGCCGCCCAACUCUCCUUGUAGUCACCUCCUCGGGCCACCACUCAGUUUACCGCCACAGAUGGGCCAGCAGAAACGAUAACUUGUCCCAACCGACUUUGCCUCAGUGCCAGGCAGCGAUCAAAAUAGGCCGGGAUUGCACCUCGUUGUCCGGUCUGCGUCAUUCGACCAGUCGCUUGUCAUCGGGUAAAUCAGACGUCGAGUUGCCUCUUCCAGGUGGCCUAUUGCAACACGAAGUCUCAAGUCCCGAUGCAGGCACCGGAGACGAUGCUGUCUCCAGUCUUCGAAACGCCUCACUUCGACUCAUGGGUCUGGCAGGCAGAAGUCCAGCUCGAGGGUCGCCUUGGUCGCCUAAAAACGGUCAUCCAAACGGCCUACCGCCUGCCAUUCUGAAGAGUCCAGGACUGGAGGAAGAGCUGGAGGACGACGAUCAAGAGGUGUACGAUGGUGAGGAGGAGGAAGAAGAAGAAGGCGAACAGGACGGAGAUGACGAAGGAGAAGAAGACGAAGAAGAAGAGGAGGAAGAGGAAAAAGGAGAGGCCAUCGUUUCAUACCCCAAGGGUAUGGAGAGCAGACAGACGCCUAUGCAUCGAGACCGUCGACCUGAGAUCCAUUCGACGCGUAGACUGCCGAGACUGCAAAGCACGACAUCUCGCUCCAGAGACCGUAGUUCUGCUGAGCAUCAUUCGACUGCUUCUUGCCUCAGCAACACGAUGACCAAUGCCGUAAAAGAGACUAGGCUGACAGGAGGAAGAUCCGAUUGCAAUAGCCUCACUAACUGUAAUGAAAGCGUCAACCUCUCUCCUUCUCCUUCGGCUACCAUGGGAGCCGGCAUCGGUAUCGGCGGUAGCAACAGUGCCAGCAACGGAAAAUCUCCUCAUUUGCUUUUCACCCAGCCAGCGCCAAGUCCUUCUGUUGCGUCUCUACCACUUGCCGCAACGACUGUGUAG